AUGUUAUACAGUCUUAAUGAAAUUAGAGUCAACUCAGUUGUAACUUUAUUUACCAGUAUGGCAGAUGAACAUGGUGAAAGAUUCAGGUCAAGAUCUCGGUCACCUCAUAGAAUGGUCGAUAUUCUUCUUGGCAAUGAAGGAGCUCCAUCGAGGAGAGUACCAGGGCUCAGAGGUCACUUGGUAUAUGCCGAUGAUGUUGGAUACACAUAUGUGCAAAAUCAUCAAUCCACUAAUAAACGGUUAGUAUUGAAUACUUAUAAAAAUAUAAUACAGCUUCGAUGUUCGCGUUACGAACGGGGAUGUACUGCUACUGCAUCAAUGUUGAUAUUCCCAGAAAAUAGUACCAUUGUAAUGUAUCAACCGCACAAUCAUCAUGUAGGGCAUGAUAUUGAGAUUGGGGCAUUCUACGAUGCAAUGAGACAGCGUGCUUUAACGGAGGGGACACCUGCACGGACAAUUUUAGAAGAAGAAGCGAGGAGAUUUCCAAAUGCAGCUAUAGAGGUGUCUCGUGAGCAAGCACUACGGGCAAUGCGCUAUGUGCGACGAAGUGUGAAUCCACCAACACCAGAUAAUCUCAGGGCCAUGGGAGAGAUUAUUGUGUCACCAACAUGGCAAAGUCUUCUACUUUAUUCUGUAGACGAUAAUGCACCAUUCUUCCAUGGAAACUUGGAAUUCAUAGUCAAUGAAGAAUUGAUUUUUGGAGGGUUGAUUUUUUUAAAUUUGGCAUUUUUACGACGCAUUGCUCCAUACCUACGUGAAGCAAGAGUCUUGGCAAUUGAUGGCACAUUUGGUGUCAUUCCGCGAGUUCCUGCUGAUGCCGAGCAGUUGAUCACAAUCCACGCUGUCUUGGACAAUGUCUCAGUUCCUGUGGUAUAUGCAUUAUUAAAUCGUAGAACAGAAAACGUCUACAUAGGACUGUGGCAAUAUGUGCGAAAUAAUUUACCAGAAGAUAUUUUUGACUGGCAAAAUGUAAGUAUUGUAUCAGACUUUGAAACAGCCAUGCGCAAUGCAAUACGAAUAGUGAUUCCAGAAUGCCAAUUGAUCGGGUGCUGGUUCCAUUUUUGCCAGAGCAUUUUACGUUUUGUGCAGACCCAUGGCAUGGUGACAUUAUUCCGUGAAAACCAUCAUGCUGCCACAAUACUGAAAAUGAUUAUGUCUUUACCACACUUGCCACCACAACAGAUGCCAGAAUUUCCAGAUGACUUCCACAUUCUUGGGGGUUUUCUGGCAAUCACAAGAUUGGCAACACAUAUGGGCAUACUGAACCGUAUUGUUCAGUUAGUGGACUAUGUCAGACAAUACUGGUUGACAACAGUACGUCCAUCCGGGUUUUCCGUUUAUGGUGUAAACAUCCGUACCAAUAAUUUUGUAGAAAGUUUCCACAGCAUGCUUAAGUCCACCGUAGGCAUACAUCCCCCAGUCUGGUCUUUUUACGAUCGAUUACGAUCGGUUGAAAGUAGAGUACGGAGGGAAACGUUACAAACAAUCAAUGGCCAGCAAGUACGAAGAUCUAUUGUGUCUAGCAGAGAUACAAAUAACUGUAUUUUGGCUGAUGCUCUACGAAACAUACGCUAUGGCCGCUAUGACACAAUGGCAUAUUUAAGAAGAAUAUCUUAUUCGGUGAGAGGGUAUAUAGAUAUGCAAAUAGGCCCUUUAGCUAAUGAAAUCCUUCUCGAAGAUUUCAUUCCUGGACAGCUACCAAUGGUUGGACUUCAGCCUCUGCCACCAGUAUUGCCGCCAUUCCACAUUCGUGGAGCUGGUAGACCAAGGAGGGGUCGUGGUCGUCAACGGGCAGCAGCAGUUCCAGAAAAUCGUGGAAUGGUCCGGCAUCCAAAUGUGCGCCAACAACCAGGUGGUGGUAACAUUGGAUCAAUUGAAGAUCUCCAUGUUCUCGCAAAUAAUAAAGACCGAAAUGAGCCCCUUGAUCUGCCAGAAAACGAAAUUGAGCAGCCAGAUAUAGAUGAUACGUUAGCGGAGGAAGAGGUCUAUGAAAUAGUUGAGCUUGGCAUAGAUGAUGCUUUUGUUGACGAACAAAAUACCCAACCAGCUCACCAGGCAGUUGAUUUAGAUAUCCCUACAUUUGAAGGUGACCCUGUAGACAGAUGUUUUAUUUGCCUUGAAAGUUGGAGCCAAGUAAAUUCGGCCAACAUUUUGGUGCCUUGCGGUCACGGAUGGUGCUGUGAUGAGUGUGCGAUUCAAUUAGAUAAAUGCGGAGUUUGCAAAGUAGAAUUUCCCACAACACAGCCCAUCCAUAUAAUGCAUGUUAACCUAGGAGAUGGUAAAUGGAUGCGAAAUACUUCCUUACUCGAUCUAACUGGAAGUCAGUGCCUUGGAAAUAUGCGCCAUGAACAAUAUGUACCAGACCAGGCGCAAUACAUACUGUUGGACUGUGGCCAUGGAUGGUAUUGUGCGAGCUGCAUCUCAACACCUCCUGCCGCAUGUGAUGUCUGUGGUGAUAUGGUCGAUGGUACCAUAAGAAUAUUUUUAAAUUGA